AUGGAUUCAUCUUCAGACCGAGGCCUGGAGGACGAUUUGGACUUCGACAACGACUUCCAGCACACGCCUUUGUCGGACUAUGAGGCUGGUGAGGCCACAAAGCAGUCUGGUGCUUUCGACGCGGCGAAAUUCGAGCUCGAGGCCCAGCAGGCCCUCAAGUCCCAGAUUCUCAUCCUGUGUUCUGCGCUAGGCGGGGCGGACGACACCGGCAAGUACGUGCUUGGUGCCGACGCGUUGGCGUGUCUGAAGGAUAUCAAGCGCUGGAUCAAGGUUGUGGACGACGCGUCGGACACCUGGAACGUUGCCUCUGCGUGCGACGACAACGGCCUGGUGGUGAACGAUCUGGUCCCGAUUUUGGUUCAGCUGCCGGCCCGGGCCGUGGAUGCGAACAGAACAUUCUACCACAACAUCCUGCUGGCCGCCCUGGAGCUUUUGGUGGCGCUGACACGGCCGCUGGUCCUGGACACGGAGCGGGCCUCUGCGGCGAAGAUCGACCUGUACAUCAAGCUGAAAAAAUCACACGUCCGGUACAAAGACCGCAUUCUCAACUACGAAGCUGGACGAUGUCUGAAAAGCGUUGUGGGGCUGACAAUCCCCAUCCUGAGCACGCCUAGAGACCAGCGGAGCCCCAAGGACACGGUGAUCCUAAAUCUGUGUCUGAAUCUUUUCCGCAACGUGCUGCGCAUCGAGCCGGCGGACACAACGGUGGGGACGCGGCGCAGCACUUCCAAGACGCAGCAGGUCAACGACAACAUGCCGAACGGCGUGAGCAGGGAAGAUAUCAGUUUCUCGCACACGGUGUGCGUUUUCCGCGAAAACAAGGUGCUGCGGUUUGUGCAGACGAUCACGGCAGGACUGGGACGCGAGUUUGACGAGCGCGUGCUCGGCAGCGUGUGUCUCGACACCUACUUCUACCUGCUCUACGGUCUCGACCCAGCCACUGUGGCGGUGCAGCCGACCGACGGUGCGCGUGGCGGUGCAGCUUCCGUGCUGACUCUUGGCUCCGCUCUGGAGCACGAAAAGCUACUCAAGAAAAAGCUGCUGAGCAACAACGUGACGCGCCACGCCAACUUCGGCACGUUGCUGAGCAUUCGGCAGGGCGACGAGCCCGUGCUGACGGUGUCGGGCCAGACACGGCUGAUCCACGCCGACCUGCUCGAGCAGCUGGACGCCGGCGUUUCCAAGAAGGCCGUGGCGGCGCGGCAGACGGCCAACAAGAACGAGAGCACGCGGUCGGACUUUGACCGGCGGCUGGGCGCAGAGCGUGCAAAACAGCUCUCCCGCGACGCACAUGGCGUUGUCCGUGAAUUUUGCACCGAUUUUGUGGAGGCCGGGUUCGGCCCGCUGCUGCGCGCGUUGCGGCGCGUCGUGCUAGGCGAGCGCACCUCGUUUGCCGCGUUUGUGGAAUUCCACUUCUUUUACGUCGUUUCGUGGGUGCUGAAGUACGAGCGACUGCUCCGUGAACACCACGCCGAUCACGUGUUCCGGCUCGGCUACGUCCAGGACGCGCUGAGCCACGACAUGCUGCGGCUCGUUGUCAAGAACAGCCUGCCGUUGUACCUCCAAAACCGCGAGCACAGUCUUUUGCGCGUCGCUGUCGGCUGUUUCCGCGAGAUGCUGCUCACCGUCGUGGACAUGCACCGCCUGCGGCCGGAGGACUACUCCGGCCUCUCGCCAGAGCAGCAGGACGAGCUGGACGCGUACACGGCUGCGGCCGAGCAACUGCUGCGGCUGACGUUCUCCGCCGAAGACGACAUCGAGGUGCUUUUCCAUGUCGUCCACGACGCUCACAAGGUGUCACUGGCGCACGCGCUCGACAUGAUUGAGUACACUCAUGUGCUGCUCAAGGUGCUGCAGUACCUUGCGGACCUGCCGACACCGCUCGCGAUGGGCAGAAAACGCCGUGGCCGCUCGCAGCAGCAGCAGCAAGACUCCGACUCCGACAGCAUGGACGACGCGCGGCUGAAACGGUAUUUGCAGUUCGACCGCGCGCGCUACGAGGUGUACGAGCGCAAGCUGCUGCAUGAGCGCGUGGUGGGCUGCUACGUGUCUGUCUUUGCCAAGUUUGGUGAGCUGAGCGAACCGCAAAUGCGCAGAUGUAUCUCCUAUUUCAACCGCAUCAUGCUGAAAAAAGACGAGCACUUUUUCAAGCUGCUACGGCUCGAUUUCAUGCUGGCUCUGCACGACAUAAAGGACGCCGUGUUUGGCCCCGCCGUGAGGCGCGAUCUCGGCCGUCUGCUCGGCUACUACAUGCACACGCUCGAGAAAAAAUGGGCCCAGACCGACGCCGUGCUGCUCGACCUGCUGACGCUCGGCCAGGACCACGACCGCGGCGUGCGCGCAUACCUGGAAACAGGCGAUUUGGAUGAGUGGCGUGCACGCGAGCACGCACAACGCGGCGCCGACGUGGCGUUUGCAACACCAGGCCUGUCGUACUCGCACAAGGUGAGCGUGCUUGCGAGCGCACUCGUGUAUCGCGACCACGGCAGUCUGCUGGAGACGCUGACGGCGCUGCUGCGGACACGUGACGACGACGAGCUCGUGCUGGACGACCGCGCGGCGCUGCGCAGCGGCGUAUUCCGGCUGCUGCUCGCCACAGUGGGCUUCCGUCUCGCGCCCGGCCGCGCUGUGCUGCCCCGCGACGCCGACGCGGGUCACGUGACCGCGACGGUGGAGCUGCUGGAGCAGGCGCGGGAGCAGCCGCUGGAGAGCGACGAGGUGGAGGCCGAGCUGGUGGAGGAGGGGCAGGAGCCGCGGGAGCAGCGCGACGACGACUCAGCGCGUUUUGACGAUCUCGGCUCGGACAACGACCUGGAGACGCUGAACCGUGUUUCGGAGACCAUAGACCGGCUGGACGUGUUGGAGGCGGCGCUGGAGAAAAAUACGGGCAAGAGACGGCGCGACCCCGAGGCGGACAAAGUGCGGUUUGCGGCCGCCGGACGCAAGCGCAAGGGCCGUGCUACCAAGACGAAGCGGCGCAAGAGUGCGCCGAAGCACGACGGGCCGAAACAGCAUCUGUCGUCGAAGUACGUUGACUCGGACGACGACGCGUCGGACGCAGAGAAAGAAGCCGAGUUUUUCCGGCGGGAAGAGCAGCUGCAGGCGCUGAUCCAGGCGAACGGCGGCGUGAUCAGUCCGGAGCAGUUCCAGCGACUUCUGGGCGGUGGCGGGCAGCAGAGGAGUAUGGUAGACUUGAGCGAAAAUGAGGAGAGCUCAUUGAGCGGAAGCGAAAGCGAGGGCAGCACUCAGGGGUCAGGUGUGCCCGCUCGCCGCGGCCGUGCCGUGAUUGACGAGGAUGAGGAUGAGUAA